AUGCACUCUCCCAAGAAAAAAAAAACCUCUCUAGCAAUACACACCAAACUGAGCAUGCGCAGAGUGUCUCCACACGAUAUGUCUUAUCAGGAGAUAAGAGGGGGAUACAGGAUGAAGGGGAGGAUCAGAAAGUCAGGAUCAAACAGCAUUUUUGCACAAUGCAGAGGAUUAACUCUUUAGGUUCCACAGUGAGUAUAACAAGUAUUCUUUACUGCAGGGGCGGACUGACCAUUCGAGCUCUUGGGCACUGCCCGAGGGCCCCGGGUGAAUAGGGAGCCCC